AUGCCUCCUUCAAAGUGGGAUGAUGAGUCCGAAGAGUCCUCCGAGGAAGAAUCUGUAGAUGUCCCUGUUGCCCGACGCAAGUUUGCAGACGAGGAAGAUUCCGAUGACGUUGCCGACAACUGGGAAGAGGAAGAAGACUCUGAAGUUGAGCGAGAGAAAGCUGCCAAAGCGGCCGCAGCCAAAGCCAAGGCCGAUGCAGAAGCUGCGGUCAACAAGAAGAGCAAGGCUCAGCGGAUAGAAGAACACAGGGAGGCAAACCGACGAAAACGUGCCGAAGAGGAGGGCGAGGAAAGCUCAGAUGAAGACGAAGCAACCAGGCGUGCCAGACUACGGCAGUCAGAGCAAGACUCUGACCUGAAACAUGCGCAAGACCUGUUUGCCGAAGCGGCGCUGGAGCCCAAAUCGCGUGCCAAACCCAACAAGGCCGUGAUAAUAGAAGACAAGGCAAAUCCAGGCCAGACAAUCGACCUCUCACAACUACCCCUCUUCAAGCCUGCCACAAAGACACAAUUCGACGCCCUCUCAGCAACCCUGGUACCUCUCCUUACGGCCGCUUCUUCGAAACCACACUAUGCACUCUGGCUGCCAACCUUUGUGAAGCAAAUAGCUGCCGAGUUACCCAGUGCAGAGAUCAAGAAGGCGGCCAGUGCACUGACAGCUCUGAGUAACGAGAAGAUGAAGGAGGAAAAGGCACAAGAGAAGGGCGGCAAGAAGUCAAAGGCGGCCAAAACCAAGUCGUCUCUUGCAGCAACCCGCGACAUGGGUAGAGGCAUUGCCGACACGACUAGUUAUGAUGACGGCCUUGGAGACGAUGACUUUAUGUGA